CUGGUCGGUAGCGGCGAGCGAGUGAACGAGCACAGCCUGCACAGCUAGCGCAGGAUCGCAUUGCGUGUCCGUUUAAUGGUCGUUGCUCCGCGCCGCCGCGUCGCUUCUCGCAGUUUCUCGUGUGCGCAGGUCAUGAAUGUGAUGAAUGUUGAUUAGAGAAGUUUUCGUCGUCGCGUUGUGGUCGUUACUCGGUGGCGAUCUUAGCCCUGAAAGAGAAGGGAAGGGAAGGUAACUUGCGAGUGUGGCGGCGAGUUGUGGUCGUUGCGAGCAACGAGCCGUUGACUCGUAGUCUCGUACGCGUCGAUUUCGGUGGAGUGAGAAGAGUCGGUGGUGUUACUCGCCACUCGCCACUCGCCAUUCGCCACUCGCGUGAGCAAUGGCGCGAGUGCCUCGACGCGCUACGGGGCCGACGUGUACGGUACGGUGCAGAUGAUAUUUCGGCGCCCGGCGGUCAUACCGCGUGCCGCGUGUAUGUGUUGUUUACGUUGCACGCAAGGAUCUACCGUUCGCGUUACGACGGCGGCAGCGCCUCGUAACUCGUAACGGCCCAAAGGACCUCGGACGCGGGCGAGCCGCGUCGUGAGCCUGGCCGCCAUGAGACGCAUUAGCGUUGGCGGUAUGAGCCGGCCGUCCAAAACCGUGACUCAAGCGAAGAAAGUAGCGCCACCAGCUGUACCAGACGUGUUUCGACACUCCGGUUCCUCUUUUGGCUCGGCUGGAUAUGCCAGCAGCGAGGAUAGCUGCUUCCUAUCUGGAAAUGGCCCUGGAGGCACAACGGACGAUGGUUCCUACGGGAUGCCAUCUGGAAAGAGUCCGGGACCUAUUUUUACGCAUUCGGGGUUUGCCUUUCCGCCGGUGAUCGGCAAGUAUGCCCACGCCGAGGAUCAAGGUAUCGAUAUGACUCAGAGUCCUGGCAGAGAUAGCCCUGGUAGUUCCGGAUCAGGUUCCGGUUCUAGGCAUUCUACGGCAUCAUUGGAUUCCGGAAGAGCGUCUGGAUAUCACUUGGGACCUAGAGGACCCGGUGCUCUCGCCUCGUCUCCUAGAUGCUCCAUCAGUUCCCUCGGAAGUCAUCCUGAUAGACCAGCAGACCUCGAUGUUGUUCAUGCUUGGUUAACUGAACUUCAAUUCGAGGAGUACUUUCCCUUAUUUGCUUCUGCAGGUUACGAUCUUGCUACUAUAACGCGUAUGACACCGGAGGAUCUCACGGCUAUAGGUAUCAAGAAACCUAAUCAUAGGAAACGAUUAAAAGCGGAAAUAGACAACUUGAAUAUAGGAGAUGGAUUACCAGAACAUGUACCCGGAUCGUUGGAAGAAUGGCUCAGGCUUCUCAGGCUUGAGGAAUAUCUUGCGGCUCUUCAUCAACAGGGUAUGCGAUCUGUUGAGGACGUAACUAUUCUCACCUGGGAGGACCUUGAGGACAUUGGUAUUGUACGGUUAGGGCAUCAGAAAAAAUUAUUGUUAGCAAUUAAGAGAGUUAAGGAUAUUCGCGCUGGCAAACGUAUACAGCCACUCGACCUUGCGCGCUUGCCACCACAUCCUGGACAUACGCAGGACGUUGUUAUUCAACGAGGUGGACCUGACUUGCCGUCACCCGAUGAAGAUUGUUCUUCGCCUGUACUUAGAUCUUUUCAACGGGGUGGAAGCGACACCACUUCUGGUGUCGCUUGGAAAAGUAUGUAUGCCGCAUUUCCAACUGAUUACAAUACAGUCGGUCGUACUAGCUCUCGAGGAAAGUCUUUGGAAAGUUUAGAGGAUGUACCUCUUGGUUAUCCUCCAUCGCCGGCGCCAAUGUCACAUCCGCAACCUCUUGAUUGGCGUCCACGAAGUUUCGAAGAUGGCGAUCUUACACCCACGAAUGAUGCUUCCAUUGUAGACGCCGGUGGUGGCGGCGGCACUCUUCCGCGACCAAGACAUUGUCUCGUUCGUCCACGACCCGUUGCCAAGGUAACUGCUACACCAGGACAAUAUAAAUCCUUGCCGAGAGACUUAGAAAACAAAUAUCAAUUAACAUAUGGGCUUGAAAGUAGUCCGCAUCUUCCAAAACGAUGUCCUCCAUCACCUCCAAGACGACAAAGCUCCAGAGAUACAAUUAGUUCUUCCGUAAUUAGCGUUGGUAGCUCGACGGUCGGUGACGUCGUAAUAGACUGCAGUGGGCCAGUUCCAACCGCUUCAUGUGAUGAUCAUCAUAUUCAUCAGCAUCAUCAUCAUCAUCAUCCUUUGAUUCAUCAUCCGCCGCCACCACCACCUGCGCCUACGCCAGCACCUUCCACACCACCGCAACUAAAUCGACCACCUUCUUCCAUGUCACGUUCAUGGGGUAGCGUUAGUGUUAAUAUUAAUGAAGAACACGAGCUAAUCGCAUCUCUCGCCCUACAACAUCGCAAUGGAUCAGAUGCUAGUUUUAAAUCGAGUUCUAGUACAGAAUCAGAUUCAUUGCCUUUCGCCAAUGAGAAUGCCGGCACGAUAAAACAAAGAGCCGGUCGAGCGCAAGAAUACUUGGCGAGCGGUCCUAAUAGUAUUGGCGGUCACAUAGUCAAUCAUCAUUCUAACGGUAGUGAACCUGCGGAUGUUUUGAACGACAUAGGAAAUAUGCUUGCCAAUCUUACAGACGAACUUGACGCAAUGCUCGAAGAGGAGAAACGCCAGGGCCUGAACUCAUAAUUGUCACUGCCUUCGUUUGCACUUUUCUAUUUGACAUAAAGUUGCCAUAGAAAUGCAGGCUUUGAUACAUGAAAUAAAUAAACUUGAUUAGUGCAACGUAUAUAAUUAGACACGAGUGAAUGCAACAGAAUAGACUCGUAUGAAUCGUGUUGAAACUCGAAUAUCACGAUUUUUAUGAUUUUUAUAAAGACAAAAUUUACCAAUCCAAAUCUAUAUCUUCUUUGCAAAAAGAACAAUCUUCUAUUUAAAAAAAAAAACUAUAUAUUACGUCGCUCUAAAUCGAUGAAAAUAUUUUGUUUUACAUAGAUUAAUACAUUUCUAAAAUGUGUUUUCGCGUGAUUAAUCUUUAUUUUGAUCUUUAUUUAUUAUCUUUUUUUUCUUUACCGGAAGAAUCCUUUACUCUUGUAUGGAAAAAUUGAAUGUUCUAGCAAGUUUCCAAACGCAACUGUGGUAUUGUAUCUAUAGUGAUGUUCUUUUUUUUCAAUAAUUUUUUUCUUUUGAUGUAAUAUAUAGAAAUUGUCUUUCUUUUUUUUAAAUUUCUUUUCCUUUUGUACAAUUGACAAUAUUAGAGACGAGUGAUAAUAUGUGUCGCUCUAUUCUAUAUAAUAAAUUAGGACAACCCAGUAAGUUUGAAGAAAUAGAAAAUACCGAUGGCAGGGGGGGGGGGGAAGAAAAUUUUAACGAAUACUAUAUUUAUACAAAAGCAUGAUUUGUACUGCAGAUCGUGUUACAAAAAUUCAGAGAAAAUACAUGUGUCUUCUGUAUAAAGCUAUUUUAUAUCUAACAAAUUUGUAACUAAUCAAACCUGACCCCUCUUUUUGAAAAAUUUGGUUUUUGUUAAUACAUAUACAUUCCAAUUGAUAUUUUUUCAUUUCCGUCCUUCGUUAAAUCGAUAAUACAAUAGAGAACUUGAAAAUUGUGUAUUUAUAGUUAACUUUGUAUAGAAGCAAAGUGCAAAGAAAGAUAAUCAUGUGUUCCAUUCGUCCUAAUAAAGCAGUCCCGAAUAUUUAUAGACAUAUUAACCUAGGGAGAUUGUUACAAUGAUAAAAAUAAUUAACAGCCUUGAAUGAUUCUGAUACGAUUUUAUAGGCUCUUAUAUCAUGUUUUACUUUUAAGAAAAUUAUACAUACAAGACACUGAUAGUGCUUUCUCUUUUAACAGGAGUUCUAGAGAGUAAAAAAUACUAUCGAUAAUAUUUAGAAUUUCAAGAGUGGUUUAGUACAGAAGUAUAAGUAAUGUAUGCCAAUUAACAAUUUUGUAUUUAUUAUCUGUAUUAAUGAAUAUAGAAACGUACACAGCUUACCAUUAUUGUACGGCACAUUCAGAGAUGCGAAGCAGUUGGAGAAUAUUCAUAUGUAUGAUGCAGAGUGAUAGCUGUGGGGACACUUUUGAGAUAAACGCUCGAAACGGUCUUCCGAAAAUACAUGUUACUGGUACGGUUUUUGCGAUCUGGAUGUAAUUUUGCAAGAAAUGUUAUAAGGUACUGUAUAUGAAGUAUAGUAUUUAAAGAGAAAGAUUAAUCGCUGGUGCAAAUAGCAGAGAUAUUAAGAAUUUCUCAAGACAUGGUAAAAAAAGUUUUACGUUAAACAUUCUUUUUCACAUAAUAUUUCUACACAACAUAAAAUGUUUUGUACUAUGUCUGAACAAAUUUAUAUUAAUAAUUCAAUACUUAUACGUGUAUAUGUUACAAAUUAUUUGCUUUAAAAAUUAUUUAUAUAUCCAUUCUAUAAUGAAGGAUUACUUUACCAGUUUUGAAGGCUAAAUAAUGCCAAUCGUAUGUUUUAUGAUAAGAUAUAUUAUUAUAAUAUUUUUUGUGACACAUUCUAUUUUUAAUUUUAACUAAUUGUUUAUGACCAAAUCCAAUUGUGCUCCACAGAUAAAGAACACCUUGGUAAAACGUACAUAGAGUUUAAAGUAUAUCAUUAUAUUUAGAAUUAAUUAAUGAAAAAUGAAGACUGCCCAGGGCAGAAUUAGAGAUUUGUCUUGUUAAUUACUGUAGAUGUAUUAUAAUUCUAUAUAGCAUAUGUAUGUGUGUGAUAUGGGACAAGGUGUCCCAUUUCAAUUUACCACGAUUAAAAUGGAACAUUUAGUGUGUGUGUGUAUAUAUAUAUGCACACACAUACAAAAUAUCCAACUACUCUUUUAAUGACAUUCUUUGGCCAAUUUGUAACUUUUUCAACAAGAUUGAGAGAUCAUAAUAACUUUUCUUUCUCUUUCUAUCUUUUUACUAUAAUAUAAUCUCCAUAAUAUGUAUAUUAAACUACAAAUUAAAAUUUUAUAAAGAUAAAUUCUAUUUUAUAUGAAUGUAAUUUUGUAUCCAUUUACCUCUUUGAAAUUCAAUUCAUAAUAAAUUUUUACUUUUUUAAUCAUUUAUAAGUUGAAAAUUAUGGUUUUGAUUGUAUGUUUGUAUUAUAAUUUGACGUUAUCCUUAAGGAAAAAUCAAUUGGUCACCAACUAACGUAAGUUGGUCAAAGAAUAUAUUAUUAAAAAUAUAAUUUUUUUUUUAUAUCCUGUAUAUAGAUUAUUGGUAAGCAGUGACUUUUUAAGGGCAUAUUCUCCACAAUACAUUGGCUUCGUGGGAGCUGGAUAAACUGUUAUUUAUACAGGGAAAUCGCAUUAAACGAUUACGCAAUUGACAUGCGAUUUGGCGCAAAUAAGUUAUAACAGAUUGUAGAUUUGUAUUGUAAUUUGAUAUUUAUAAUAAUAUAGCAAUGCGCAAUUGUACGAUGAAAUCAUAUCUAAUAAUUUUGCGCUAUAAAGUCUAUAAUAUUAUGUUAUAAUUAUUGUACACAUAUUGUUUUUCGCAAUCAAAUUAUCACAUUUUGUUUAUAUUUUAUCUUAUUUACUUUGUGUGCAUCUCCUGAUAAAUAUUUGAGUUGUUUACAAUUUAUGUUUUAUAAGUGUUACAAAUCAAUAAAAAAAUUAUAUCAUUGCGUAUCGUAAUAGCAAACUUUCAAUUGAUUGUGUUAAAACAUGUGGAAAUUAAAUUUCAGAAGAAGGCACAUUAUUUUACUUAAUCUUUUAUAAUAUCUUAGCAAGCAACAUUCGUAUGAUAAUAUAUUUUUUACUCUUUUAUUAAUAAUUUCAAGUAAUAAUAUUUUCGCUUAUCUUGUUAAUAUUUAACAAUUAAUUUAAAUAUAUACAGGUGUACUUGGUUUCAAAUGUUAAGGUUAUAAGAGAGGAUGUAACAAUAAUGUAACAAUAUUAUAUAUUUAUUAUAUGAAUUUACUACAUAAUUUACUAUAUGAAUUUAUUUUCUAACUAAUUUGUGUUCUAACUAUAAAUUACAAAACAGUGUACUUGUACAUAUAGUUUAUAUGAAAUUUUUAUUAGUGAUAAAACAUAAAUUACAUUCUUAUGAUAAUUAUAUCUGUUUAUCUGUUUUACAUGAACAUACGUAAGCAGAGAGAGAGAGAGAGAGAGGGGGAGGAGAAAAAAGAACAAAAUUAUUAGAUAAAUAAAAUAUUUUACACAUCUGCAUUAACGCAAAAGGUUGAAGCAUUUGGGUACUGAGACGAUAAAGCAGGGAAUACUGUGUCUUUUGUCAAUAAAAAAUUUUUAUCUUUUAAAUAAAUUUAUUUUUGCAUAGAGAUAAAUUGGAACUUCUUUGAUAGUACAUAACAAAAACGAAAAGAAAAUCGUUUUGUCCUCUAAUUUGUUUCUCAAUUUUAAAUAUUCGAUAAUAUGCAGAAUAUUUGCUGAUUCGGGAAAGGUUACCUAAAUUAAUUCACAACUUCAACAUAUUGUGUCGAUAUAAUACAUAACCAAACUCUUGCAAUAUAUUAAAUAAUUUAUUAUAAUUUUGUGUACAAGCAUGUGUUGCGAUUUAAAGUUUCACUAUAUUUUAAAAAUAAUAACAAAUGCCCGCUUAAUUUGCAUUUUACAAUCAAUUCUUUUCAUAAUUUUUUAAUUCGGAUAUACAUAUAUAGGUAAUAUAUACAUACGCAUUAAAUAUACUGAUUGGUUUAUUGAUUAAAAAAAAGAUGAUUGAUCUUCAAAUAAAUCUAAUGAACACAUUUA